UUUUGUAAACGUUAUUUUCUUAUGAAUAUUCAUAACUUUUUUAUAAAAUCAUGAAAGUUUUUUGAUGAAUUAAAUGUCAGCGCAUUCGUAACUUUGAUGCAGCUUAAAAAAUGUUAGUUUUUAAUAAGUUUGUUAGUAUUCAAUGCUGUGAGUCUGAUAAAUAAUAUACAAUGGUUAGUAUGUGGCAUCAACAAGUAUUUGCACUCGAUGCAAAGUACAAUGCACAACGUGUAAAUAAACUGCCUACUUUAGGAAUGCUCUAUAUUCGUCGUAGAAAUCAGUUAUUAAAAGAAAAAUUUAGUAAAGAUCCAACGAUUCGAGAAAAUUACUUAAAACUAAGAUCAAAAUUAUUAUUUCUACGAUAUGGUGAAAACUUGGAGCAAAAUAGUCUGAGCAGUCAUACAACAGAGGAAGAAAAAUCAGAGAUUAAAAUAAAAUUGCACAAUAUACAGCGAAAAUCAAUAGCAGAAAGUUUUGCUUUUGAUGGAGUACAUCAUGUUUUUGAUCAACAUAAUGCACCUGUUACAAUGCUUAAAUUUGCCAAUAAUGAUAGAUCUAAAUUAUGUUGUGCAUCAUUGGAUGGAUUACUAUCAAUAUGUGAUACUAUCAGUACACCUCCAAAAGUUAUAGCUUUAUUAGAAGGCCACAAGAAAGGUGUCACAGCAUUAGACUGGAGUAUUAGUAAUGAUCUUAUAGUUUCAUCUUCUUUGGAUUGUACAAUAAGACUCUGGAAUGUUGUAAACACAGAAAUUGGUCCAAAUUGUUUACGAACAGUUAAUGAUCAACAACGAGCAGAAGUUCUGUGCUGUGGAUUUAUACCUGUAAAUAAUAAUUUAGUUGUUGCUGGUAACUCCCAAGGACUAGUACAGAUUUUAAAUAUAUCCACUGGUAUAUACACUCGUGGUGGUUCUUGUAAAAUUGGAGGCAAAAUUUUGUCAUUGGCUUGUGAAGGUAGUGGUGGUUUAGUGAUAUGGGCUGGAAAUGAUAGAGGAAUUAUUAUGUCAUUUCAAUUAGAACCAGGAAUGGGACGAUUAACAAAGUUACGAAGAGUACAAGAAAUUGGUGGUAUGAUAACUAGUCUUUCUUGGCGUUCGUGGUUGUCAAAAGAUAAUCCAUGGCCAGCACUUUUAGUGAGCAGUGCUUGUAAUACAGUACUACUCUAUCAUAUUAUUGACAAUCAAGGUUCCUUAUCUCUUUGGACGAAAUAUCCAAUAAAACAUAAACAACAUUUUGUGAGAUCUACUUUUUGUCCACAAAUGGAAACGUGUUUAAUAGCUACAGGUUCUGAAGAUGGUACAAUACAUUUAUUAGAUUCUGCAAGAGAAGGCAAAGCAGCAAAAAUUAAUAGACUUCAAGGUCAUGCAACAUCAACGCUUGCUUUGUCUUUUAAUUAUGACGAAUCCCUUCUUGCAUCUGCAGAUUAUCAAGGCCUUAUUAUUUUAUGGCGUAAUCGACAACGUCAUAUAUAAUAUUUUAACACUAAACCUAAAUUGAUAUAGGAGAUAAUUAUAUAAAAACAAUUCUUGUACGUU